AUGGCGACCCCACGUGACGACACGGAGGCGGCCGCAGCGCCCAGCGAUGCCGCCAGUCGUCCAAUUAAGAUAUCCGACGACGCGUCGGGGGCCGUGGGCGAACCCGUAGCGCUUGAGGAGCCUGUCGCGUCUGCUAUAGCGAAUGGAGACCUAGGGAAGAAGGAAGACAUAGAAACGAGUCAAGUGGACAGCGAAGCCGUGGAAGAGGAGCAGCAGAAGGGGCAGCAGGAAGGAGAAGACGAGGCCGAGAUACAAGAGGCUGUCGGAGAGAAUGUUGAAGAGGCGGUUGAAGAGACCGUUGAAGAGGCUGUUGUACAGACUGUUGGAGAGGCAUGUGGAGAAGCUGUUGAAGAAGCUGUUGAAGAGGCUGGUGGAGAGGCUGGCGAAGAGGCUGUUGUACAGACUGUACAAGAGACUGCACGUGAGCAGACGAUUAGUGCUGGCGUGUGUUCAAGCGGUGGCGGUCAUUCGGCAGAGACGGAGACGAUGGCCGUGAUGGAGGCGCCGGACUAUGAAGACGAGGACGACGAGUUCCAUGAAGCGUUGGAAGAUGGUGUGGAUUUGCUGGAAGAAGAUGCAGCCAUGAUGGAAAAGCCAACGGUACCACCGACGAUGAGUUUUUCGGUGAACGAGAUGGACGUAAUUACGAAUCGAGAAGGACGAACUGGUAGUCUGUCGAAAUUUCUAGACGACGCCGAUACGUAUCGUCGACGAUCGUUACCAUCGUAUCCGGAUGAACAGCUUUUUACGAUCUCGAUGAAUCAAAAACAAAUGACGUUGGCAGCGUUAUUGGAUAUGCAGAUUGACCCGGUGCUGGAGAUUCUGGAAGACACCGACUCUGAUAUCCGACUCUGGCUUAUGCAGCCCGAGACGGUAAAGCAAGUGCUCGCGGCGUUUGUCACUCCGCCUGUGCUCAGCGGAGAGCCGCAUGAAGAGUACGGAUACUACAAAAAGCACUUUUUGUGCUCUGAGAUCAUUAUGAAGCUGUACACAGGAGAGGAAGAUUUGUACGAGUCGUUUUCAUCCGAUUCAAGUUCGGGAUCGACUGCAACCACAGCUGUAUUUGGCUGUCAGGAGCAAGAGGACAUUGACAAAUGGAAGCAGCUCUACUCGAUUUUCGAAAACCCUGUUCCGCUGGAUGAGAUGCAGCUUCUCUUUUUUAGCAAAGCGCUCGUGCGCCUUCAUGACGGAUUCUGUCUUGAGGAAGGAUAUGUCAAUAACGUGCUGAAGCGUUUCUUGCCUGUUGUCAUUCCUCACCUCUACUCGAACACCAUCAAGUACAUGCUCACUCUCAUCUUGCAGAGCUACGAGAGUGUGCAUCCGAUUACUGGACGGAAUGAUGCAAUGGAGAUUGCAGCACCCUUGAUUGCUAGGGCUACUCGCGUGAACCCAGCGUCAGCGGAAAACCUGCUGCUUGUUGAGAACACAACCAACCUUCUUGUCGACAUGCUACAGGCAAACCAGGCAGAUCGUUUGGGUGCAUUCAGCCGUCGCGAGGGCGGUGUGUACCUUUCCAAGUACUUCGUGCGCGAUCAGUUCGGCACGAUUCGUGGUUUCGAGUCAAUGACGCAUGGCUACCACAAUUUCCUUCAGUACAUGCUUUUGGAUGAGAUGUCGAAGCAGCUAGUUAUUAUCGAGGAACUAUUCCAGAGUGCCUUGGAUGAGCUUGGUGUCAUUCGAGACAAGAGUUUGACUGAAGCGUCUAGUGCGCUAAAUAUCCACGUGGCCGGUGAGCUGUUAUCCCUGUGCCAGAGACUCUUGAACAAUAGCGUCGAGCGAGAGGACGACAGUACUCAGUUGGCCGAAACGGAGGCUCAAAACACUCAGAUGUUCGGGUACUCCAGCUUUCCAUCGGAGCAAUAUCCGAACUCACAACAUGACGCUACUGAUACAUCCAUGUACAAUUUGGCGUCUCUGCCCCGUGGCCAGGCACUCUGGACAUAUGUGCUUGAUAUGGCCCGGAAGACGUGUGGUGCGUUUGUAGGGCAGUUUAAUAAGGGGCUUCCACCUUCCGUAGAAAUCUCGCUGGCAAAGUAUUUGAACAAUUUGGUGCUGCUAAACGAUGCAAGUGUGGACGAGGAGUUGCACAAAGGUGGACUUAUUCAGGCUUAUCUUUCCAUUCUCGAGAAGCGGUCAUCGUUCGACAUGCUUAUCAUUCACACUGUGCCAGCAAUUUCGUUUCUUCUUCGGGAUGCUGAUGCUUCUCGAGCAAAAAAUUGCCCGCUGACGAAGGAUCUCUUUGGCAUUGACAUUGAUGUGCCUGAAAACAUCAUCAGUUUGUUGCUGCGUGCAAAGGUAGAUAUUCCGUCGCUUGAUAUCUAUGCCGCUAUCCUGCACGACGUGAUUGACGAAGUUUUUACAAGCAAGGCGCCAUCUCAAAAUAAUGCACAGGUUGUGUUCCAUUGCAAGCGUGACCCUGCGUGGGCAAAACUAUCGGAGAAGACCCGGUUCAGCAGUGGUUCAGAGACCCCGGACUUAGGGCGUGGCUCCGAUGAGAGGAGAAGUUCUGUGAGUGAUCAGGCGACGAGUGGCGAACAUGGCUGUGUUGCAGACCCGGUUGUUCAGAGCAACGGUGUUUUGGAGAUGGACCCGUCGAAAGACGAAUCUCUGUCGGCUUCAUCUGAUGGCUCAAAGUCAGCUACGGGGAGCGUGUCAUCAGAGAGGAAUUCAGACAAAGCGAAGGAAGGUCUGGCACCUGAGUCGACACCGAUAGGCUCUGAAAGCACUGAUUCGGACGCCACAGUGGAUGGACAGUCCACGUCUUCCGAUAAAAAUGAGGAGCAAAAAGCGGGUGUGAGCACAGCACCUUCUACGACUGCCCCUGAUGUGAAAGAAACGAAGUCGGCGGCUGCUUCAUCUAGCGAGGAUGCCGCCUCACCUGAGGAGGCUGCGAAAGAGAAGCCAGACACGAGCACGAACAACGAAGGUGACGGCUCGCGCAAAUCGCACUACUUCAAAAACGUGCUUCAGUCACCUGUGUUCAAAUCGCCUAUGCGCCUGGGCUCCGUAAUCAAGCCUCCGGUAGCUCCUCCAGCUCAAGAUUCGAAUGGUUCGCAGACGAAUGGAGAGGGCCAACAACGCAAUUUGUUUGGCUGGAAUAAUGUGUUCAAACGUCUACGGAAAUCGCUUGUAACAACGCACAACGAGAAAACAGACAAGAAGGUGCUGGCGCUGAGCAACGAAGCUUAUGCUUCGCCAAGCGUGGCACCACGCCAGUCGGACGUGUUUGUAGUGGACACAUCUCGUGGCGAGGACAUCACAACGUUUGUGAACCGCGAUGCAGGUGUGGUGGUAACGGAUGUCCCGGUCGCAUCAUCCAAGUCUUCGGAGUCUUCGGUGAAUGUCAUUACGUCAGGUUACAUGUACAAGAACAAGUACCCCGAGACAGGCCACAAGAAUGUGUGGGAGCGAUACUAUUUCGUUCUCAAUCGCUCGGAUGGUUCGCUGAGCUAUUACAUCAGCGACGCUCACGCGAAGGACCGCACCUUCGUUCGCGGCACGUCGCGUCCACUUACCGUUUCGGAAGGCCUUCCUAUGCAUGUGCAUGGCCAGUACAAUGUGUUUGGGUUCCAAAUCAACACCCAAGGCCAUGGCGCGUUUAUGGUGUUGGUUGACUCUAUCGACACACGUCUCACGUGGCUGACAGAGGUCUUGGUCUGUGUGUCGAACGCCAAUCCGUCGCUUCCGCUUCCAAAGCAGCGUCUGUCGCUGUUGUCUGAUGAUGCACCGAAGCAGCGUUUGUCAGGCUCAUUGGGCUCGAUCGGUUCGCUGAAGUGCAGCAAGGAGGAGAUGAAGGAGCUGGUAAUGGAGUUUUACCGCAACUUGUUUGGUCCGACCCUGAAGUUCUCGUCGCCUUUGGAUGCACCGGCAUCUUUCUGGAUGGAAGAAAAAAUUGACCCUGUUUCCGACGGUUGCGUGCUGAGCUCCAAUUUGCCAGCCUGUGUACCGUACUGGGGCGAGUUCCACGGGUACAAGCGGUUAUGUGACUACUGGAAGAUUCGUGACGAAACAGUGGAGCGCAGUAGUGGACGGGUACUCCGUGUCUUGGUUGACGAGGAUGAGGAGACAGCAGUAGUGAUGACAUCUACGACAUUUCGCAUUCUGCGCAACAGCGAAAUCAUAACUGAAGAGUCGUGCGAUAUCGUGAGUAUGAGUGCCGGUAGCAUCGUAAGCAUCCACUGCACCUUUGACUCGCACCGCAUCGCGCAAGCUUUUGAAAAGGAGGGUAUCAGCGCGUCGUAG